AUGACGAGCCCUGAUUCACAAACGGAAGAAUUGGACGACAUAUAUCUCGAGACCGUGACCAUCCACCGGCGUGAGUAUCAGAAAUACUCCGUUGAGCACCAGAUAUCCUUUCAGCCGGUGGAUGAAGACGAAGCGGAACGCCUCGAUCUCCAACACCGGAUUUUCAACCGCGUUUUUGAUAACCGUUUGAUUUUUCCGCCGAUCCCUCAGCCUCGACAAAUCCUUGAUUGUGGUUACGGCACCGGGUCAUGGGCUAUUGAGAUUGCUGAGCAGCACCCGGACUGCGAUGUCAUCGGUCUGGAUAUAUUCCCUCAUAACAACUCAGACGAUAUCCCGGACAAUCUGUGGUUACAGGUCAGUUGGAUUCUUUUUCACAAGUUCAUUCUUGGUGUGACAGCCACAUCUGUUCCCAAUGAGCGGACCUUCUGGCUUCUAGCACACUUCGCUGUCGAUGACCUGAACCGUCCGUUUACCUUCCCUUCUAACCAUUUCGAUCUUGUCCAAUCGAGAAUGCUGGCGACAGGAAUCAACAAAGACCGAGUCCUUAAACCGGGAGGCUGGGUACAGUUGAUUGAAAUAUACUUCAAUGUCCAAUCCGACAACGGCUCCAUCACAGAGCGGAAUGCGCUAAGGCAGUGGAGCUCUCAGCUCAUGGGCUCUCUCGAAGAGACCAAAGACCUUCGCGUGGGUACACGGCUGAGAACUCUUCUGGCUGCAGAGGGGCUGCAGGAGGUUGAUGCGAGGAUGAUCCCACUUCCUUUAUGCGCAUGGUCGAACGAUCCACGAAUGCAGGGUAUCGGCGAGAUGAACCGUGGAAAUAUCCAAAAAUUGCUUUCAACCAUGGCACUCUACCCCUUUACUCAGAAGCUGAAUAUGCCUCUAGACCAAUUUGAGGAUUUGAUAGGACGGGCACGGCAAGAAGCAGACACUGCUGGUCUGAAGGCGUACUUUCCAUUGUAUGUUUGCAUCGGACGAAAGGCCCGCUGA